AUGGAGCUAUAUCACGGAACAGAGUUUCAUUCUAAUGGAGACGAUGACAACGAGGAUCUUGUCGCGGAUUUGCUAGCUAAAUUCAAUAGUUCGCAUACGACGCAUACUCAACGGGGAAGUCCUCAAUCUACGCUUCGACCAGCACCUCAGCAAGUGUCUCAUCAGCAGCAACCCCUCUCGCCAGAUCCGAUGCCUCGUGAAAUGCGACUUGCUGCAGUCGAAAUACCUCCCAUCGCCAACCCAGAAGAGUAUGAAUUUCUUCCUGGUCAUUUUGCGGUCCGCUGUGUGAUCAGCGAAAUAUCACAUCCUAUAAAUGAGCCCUCGUACCGCGUGCGGUUACGAAGUGGUGAAUCGGACAUAGUCACCUUCUCUCACCUUCAGACACUAGACAACGGUCCCGAGGCACUGCUACAUUUCCAGAACACUGAUUACCGCUCGUCAUCUCCCGCAACUUCUCACAUAACGCUUCACUCCUCAGACAAGGAAGAUGUUGAAUCUGGAACCAGAGGUCGGCGAUCUCGACGCACAAAGAACGCUAGCUUCGCGGAUUUCUUUGGUCCGCUCAGCAGUGAUGAGGAUGAGUCUGUGAGGGAUACUGCUUCAAGUGACGACAUUAUCUCUUCCUCUGCUAUCACCUCAAGAAUCCGCCGCCUCAGGAGAGGUGUCCGCAACCGCGUGUCACGCCGAUCAAGACAGUCAAGUUCAGAGAGCGAGUACGCUGCACCUAGAGGCGAACGCUUCUCAACUCGUCAGCGGAAGACCUUGCGGCGGGAUUUGCGUGAAAGGAUGGAAGAUGAUAUAUCUGAGAAGGAAGACUUUUCAAGAGAAAAGAGAUUUGUCGGAGCCAAGGAGAUUUUUCAAAAGAUUCCUUCAGACGAUGCGUUCCGCCUUCGCCAUCAUGGCACCUGCGAGCUUUGUGGAAUCGAAGGCGAUGAUAGCACCAGAGGUCCUCUUGUUUUCUGUCAGGGCUGUACUAGUGCCUAUCACCAAGCCUGCUUAGGCCCCAGAUCGAAUCGUGAUCAUCUGGUCACCAAAGUGGCUGAUGAACAGUUUGUUCUCCAAUGCCGUCGCUGCAUAGGAGUCUCCCAUGCAAAGGACCCCAUAUCGCCCCAUCAAGGUUGUUGUAUGAAAUGUAACGAUCAAGGGAAGAUGUCGAAGCCUCUCCGCGAGCGCUUGACACCGAAGCAAGAACAGCAGAUUCGCCAGGACAAUGAUGGGAAAGAUCCGAUUACCCCUGUGGACAUGACUACUAUCAACAAUGUGGACAAUGUGCUAUUCCGAUGUACAGCUUGCCACAGAGCCUUUCACUUUGAACACCUACCUCCAAUUUCUGACACGACCGAUGAUCCUCCAACGGCCCGCUUUGAAGAAUACUCCUAUACCUGGAAGUGCCAUGAUUGCUCAUCAGUUCCCGGUGAGAUCGGUGCUUUAGUUGCAUGGCGACCAGCAGACAGCGGACUCGUUGGGUACACUGCGGACGCGGUGAAGGAAGUGGAUAAGGAAUAUCUCGUUAAAUGGAAGGGGCACUCCUACCACCAUACGUCGUGGAUGCCCAGCAGCUGGGUCUGGGGUAUUGUUAACCCUGCUAUGCGAAGGGCUUUCUUCAGGUCAGAGAAAAAUUUGCAACCCCAUAUGACGAUAGAGGAAGCGAUCCCUGAGGACUUCCUGCGCGUUGACAUUGUCUUUCAAGUGUAUUAUUCUGAAGAAGCGGAAGAGCGAAGCCUUGAGUCAGACCUUGAGAGGAUUCACAAGGUGACCAGGGCGUACGUGAAAUUCAAAGGCCUGCCGUAUGAGGAGGCAGAGUGGGAUUCCCCUCCUGAUCCUAGCCAAACUGAACGAUGGAAUGAUUUCAAAGCUGCCUAUGAGGACUGGGUUAGACGUGAUUACAUCCAUAUGCCGGAACAAAAUGCACUUCGGAAACAUCUUGCUCACAUUCGGAAGCAAAAUUUCAAGUCUCAGAUUGUCAGAGACACUCAGCCUGAGACAAUGACCGGGGGGCAGCUAAUGGACUACCAGAAAGAUGGGGUGAAUUGGCUAUACUACAUGUGGUUCAAGCAACAAAAUGCCAUCCUUGCGGACGAGAUGGGACUAGGAAAGACUAUUCAAGUUAUUGGCUUCUUCGCGACUCUCAUCCAGUACCACAAGUGCUGGCCCUUCCUUGUUGUCGUGCCGAACUCAACCUGUCCAAAUUGGCGCAAGGAGAUCAAGUCAUGGGUUCCCUCCAUUCGUGUCGUCACGUAUUACGGUUCGGCAUUCGCCCGCAAGUUGGCUCAGGAGCACGAGAUGUUUUCCCAGGACGAGCCAGAUCUUCGAUGUCAUGUUGUGGUCACAUCCUACGAGACUAUGAUUAAUGACGCGUCUCGACGGGUCCUCAUGAGGAUACCAUGGGCAGGUCUGGUCGUCGAUGAAGGGCAGCGCUUGAAGAACGACAAGAGCCAGAUAUAUGAUUCUCUGUCGCGAUUCAAAUUCCCGUUUAAGCUACUCCUCACUGGUACGCCCCUCCAGAACAACACGCGGGAGCUCUUCAAUUUGCUUCAGUUCUGUGAUCCCACCAAGGACGCUGCAAAAUUAGAUGAAGAAUACGGCAUACUUUCAAAAGAGAACAUUCCUGAACUACACAACAUGAUUCGUCCAUUCUUCCUGCGACGGACAAAGGCGCAAGUCCUCACCUUUCUUCCUCCCAUGGCUCAAAUCAUUGUGCCUGUGUCCAUGUCUGUUGUUCAGAAGAAGCUGUACAAGUCUAUUUUGGCGAAGAAUCCGCAGCUGAUAAAGGCAAUUUUUCAGAGGAACAAUAAUUCUGAAGGCGUUAAGCAGGCAGAUCGCCAUAAUCUGAAUAAUAUCCUGAUGCAGCUUCGAAAAUGCUUAUGCCAUCCUUUUGUCUACAGCGAAGCAAUUGAGGAACGCACUGCUAAUGCUGCUGCAUCGCACAAGCACCUGGUUGAGGCGUCAGGAAAGCUCAAGCUACUUGAGAUUAUGCUUCCUAAGCUUAAGCAGCGAGGCCACAGAGUUUUGAUCUUCAGCCAGUUCCUUGAUAAUCUAGAUAUCGUGGAAGAUUUUCUGGACGGCCUCGGCCUGCUACAUCGGCGCCUGGACGGACGAAUGACUUCGUUGGAGAAGCAGAAAUGUAUUGAUGAAUACAAUGCUGAUAACUCGCCGUAUUUCGCAUUCCUUCUUUCCACCAGGUCCGGUGGUGUGGGAAUUAAUCUCGCCACGGCAGACACUGUUAUCAUCAUGGAUCCAGACUUCAAUCCUCAUCAGGACAUGCAGGCACUUUCUCGCGCUCACCGCAUCGGUCAGAAGAAUAAAGUGCUUGUCUUUCAGCUUAUGACUCGUGGAAGUGUCGAAGAGAGAAUUAUGCAGAUUGGCAAGAAGAAGAUGGUCCUUGAUCAUGUUCUCAUUGACCGGAUGGUCGCAGAGGAGGAUGAUGGGCGGGAUUUGGAAUCUAUAUUGCGUCACGGAGCCCAAGCACUGUUUAAUGAUGAUGACUCGGGAGACGUCCAGUACGAUUCGGAAUCUGUUGACAAGCUCCUUGAUCGUAGUCAGGAAGAGCAAGUGAAGGCGCCUGACGAAAGUGCGCCGGAGUCUCAAUUCAGCUUCGCCAAGGUCUGGGCGAAUGACAACCAAAAUCUGGAAGGCCAACUUCAGGACACUGAAGAUAAAGGUGAAGAUCCAGCGAUCAGUAAUACGCUAUGGGAGAAGAUUUUGCAGGAGCGUGAGCAAGCGGCUGCAGAAGAGGCCAGGAGAAAGGCAGAGACGCUGGGUCGCGGCAAACGAAAGCGAGCGGCAGUAGACUACGGAAAAGACACGACGGAGGUGUCGCCUGUGAAGGUUCGCCACGAGGCCGAUAAUGACGUUGAAUACAAGGCGGACGAGGCCAUAGAAUCGGAAUCAGACAAUGACCCUGGGAUGGAUUCUGAUGAGAUGGGCCGGCCCACCAAGAAGUCCAAAGUCCGCCCCUUCAAGCGUAUCACCGAAGAGGAUGAAGUCCCUGCAUACGGUGCAACAGGCAUGGACGGCAAUGUGGAGGUGCGUCACCCGCCCUGCAUUGUCUGUACCAAGCAUCAUCCGGUGGGCUCUUGCCCCUUGAAGCAGGCCGGCGUUGAACAUUGUGGUCUAUGCGGGCUUGCGCAUUACGGAAUAGCGCGUACUUGUCCUCACCUUCGGUCUGAGACGCAAGUGGCAAGGAUGUUAGACGCUCUGAAGCACAGCACUGAGGAUCGCGAGCUUAUUGAGAAAGCCAAGAAAUACCUGCAAGGGAUUCGCGGCUCCCUUGCACAGCGUCGAAGGAUUUUGGCCAGUAGGGCUGCAGCGAGCCACACCAGUAAUGGAGUUCCUGGUACAACCAACACCGGUCCUACUGGGUCGCCCGUUAUCGAUCUGACCGGUUACCCGGCAGGCCAUGGAACAACGCCCUUCAGCCCGAGUCAACCAGGACAAGGAUUCUCGACAUCAGAAAGAUAA